AUGUCGAAGUCGUCCCUCUCAACUUUUGUCGAGUUCAAACUCAAGCACGUCAAGCCCUACAACCACAACACUGCCAAGUACGUCUUCGAGCUCUACAAUGGCCAGGCGUCUCUUCUGCCCAUUGCCUCCUGCGUGGUCGAUGAUGAGCUGAAGCAAGGCGAGAAGCUCACAAUCAAGGGGUCGAUUAUGAUGAUUUUGUAUAAGAUUAAUGAGCAUGACCAAGUGGGCAUGAUCGUGGGCAGUACCGGCAUCACGCCAAUGUACCAGGUCCUAGAAUGCGCGCUCAAAGACCCAUCGAACAAGACCAAGUUUGCGCUCAUCUUCGCCAACAUCAGCCAGCAUGACAUCCUGCUCCACGAAGAGUUUGAUGCAUUGAAGAAGGCACACCCCAGCACGUUCAACGCCAUCUAUACGCUCGACCAGCCUGGAUCAAACUGGAAAGGAUACAAGAGAUUCGUGAACCGGGAGGUGAUCAAGCAGAACAUUGCUUCCACGACACUCGGCGACAAGGUCAAAGUCUUCAUCUGUGUAUAUGGGCAAAUGGUUGAGGAUGAUGGUGGGAUGAAGAAAGGUGCAUGCAUGUACAAUAGCCUGUGUUCAUAUAUAUAUAUGUAG